GCUCUCAGUCGGAUCAGGAAUGUAGCCGCCCCGACUCGCUUCUUGCCAAAUGUCGCAAUGUUUUGAGAGAAGGUUGGGCAAUCCCCAGGACCUGUUUAUUGCUAAUUUGCGGUCUGCAGCCGUAUUAUCCUAGCAUGAACAGCUCUCGAAUGAAGAGUUCACGUGUGGUUGUGCUGUUGAUGGUGGGUGUGAGUGCAGUGGUAAUGCUUUUGUACCUCCACUUGGCCACAGAAGUGGCACAUCUCCGAAACACCAUGCACUCCCAUUCUCCCUUGAGUUACCAGGAAGGUACUCCAUCAUCAGGAAGCAGAACUCUUGACCCAGACAGCUUAGUGAUAAUAUACAAUAGAGUCCCAAAGACUGGGUCUACAUCAUUCAUUGGGUUGGCAUAUGAUCUCUGCUCUAAAAAUAAAUUUAAUGUAAUUCAUAUGAACACAACCAAGAACACCCCGACUCUUUCUCUAACAGAUCAGAUGCGUUUUGUGUACAAUGUAUCGAACUGGGUGGAAAAAAAACCUGGAAUUUAUCAUGGACAUCUUGCUUACCUCGAUUUUAACAGGUUUGGUGUUAAUCAACAGCCAAUCUAUAUUAACAUAUUGCGAAAGCCAUUGGAGCGUCUUAUAUCGUACUAUUAUUUUGUCCGCUAUGGUGAUGAUCUUCGACCAUAUCAUGUUCGAAGAAGAAUGGGAGAUAAGAUGACUUUGGAUGAGUGUGUUGCCAUUGAACAUCCAGAUUGCUCUACAACCCACCUUUGGGUGCAAGUUCCUUUCUUUUGUGGUCAUCAUGCUGAAUGCUGGGUUCCAGGAUCUAGCUGGGCUCUUGAUCAAGCAAAGCACAAUCUGCUCCAUAGUUACUUUCUGGUUGGGGUUACCGAGGAAAUGGCUGAUUUUGUAGCUAUGCUUGAAUACUCUCUCCCACGAUUUUUUAGAGGUGCUUAUGACCUCUAUCUUUCUGGUUCCAAAUCUCAUCUAAGAAAAACUGUUAAAAAAAUUCUGCCUUCUGAUGAAACGAUAGGAAAACUUCAAAAUACUAAGGUUUGGAGAUUGGAAAAUGAAUUUUACAACUUUGCACUCGACCAUUUCCAUUUUUUACGGAAGAAAACAUUAAUAGAGAGUGAAGGUAAUGGUCGCUUGAUGGACAGAGGGCAAAAGUUUGCAUAUGAGAAAAUCAAACCUAAAAAAAGUUAGGGUUGAGUGUAUAAUAAUAUAUUUAGCAAGCACCUAAGUGUAAUGAUAGUUUUUCAGUAACUCAUUUUCUUCUUGGUCUAUAGUAAAUCAGUAAUUACAUGCAAUACACUGAAGUGCCUAGAUCAUUAUUAAAUAACAUUUUAUAUAUAUUUUUAAAUUUUAUUAAGUUAUAGUGUGAUAAAGGCAUUUAUCAUUUGUUACACACCAGUCCUGCCAUAGGCUUGAGGUGAUACAUUAAUAUUGUGCAUACUGUCUCGAUAUCUAUUUAUUAAUUAAUUAAAAGAGUAUUGACUUGCCUCUUUAGUUAAGCUGUUCUCAGGAUUUUAUUACUGUAUUUUAUUCUUACAAAUAAUAUUUGUAUUUUUAUAUAUUUUAUCAUAUUUUGGCUGUACAACAAAGCUUUAUUUUCUCUACAUAGUGUUUACUGUUCUUCAGGCAUCAUUCCAGUUACUGUAUAAACAUUAAAUCCUGUAUUAUUUUUUAAAUGCUCUAUAGUUGUUGAAAAUAUUACUUUUCCCUUUAAAAAGGAUAUCAAUAUAUAAAGAAUAUAUUGUUUAAAUCCUUCUUAUCCACAGAUAAAGAAAUUUAAGUGUUGUUAUAGUAUUACAGUAUGUAGAAUUUUGCACCAUUUCUGUACAGUUGAGAAAUAUUGUGAUGUUUCUGCGUGUUGCACUUUAUCUGUUUGUGACAUACGUGUGGUGGUGAGCUUUAAUGCUGUGUAGCAUUAAGAGUUUAAGCGUGUGUGUGUGUGUGUGUGUGUGUGUGUGUGUGUGUGCUGCACAUCAUUGAACCCAAUUUUCUACUCUGUUAUGUAUUCUCAAUAUUCUUGAGCGUAUUUCCUUGGCUUUGUGUAUUAGAAUUAUUUUUUAUUUAUGCUUGAACUAUAAUCUGUGUUAAUUGGUAAAUUGGAUGCAUAUACUAAAGAUAUAACACACUAUUAAUACAACAUUGCACAUUUAGUAGAACUGAGCUGUGUGUGUUCUGUACGGUAGAGUAGAUUGUACUGUACUCUAGUAUACUGUCCAGUAUAUUAAAAUGCACUGUACAAUAUAAUGUAAUUGGACAGAAUAUUGUUUUAUACAGUACAGUAUACUGUAAUAGACAGUAUACUAUACUACUGUGCUUAAAAGGAGGGUUUUAUGUAUGCUCUCAUCAUAUCCAUAAAUACAUACUGUAUUUUAUGUGUCAUUUUAUACAAUAUAUAUUUGUUGUGAUUGCUCAUGCGUGUUCAACGUGUACAUAUACAGUAUUUGGGUGAUGGAUGGAGGGGGGGGAGGAUUUUGAGUCCACUAAGUGGGGACAUCCUGGUGGGUGGGGUAGUUUUUUGAGCCCACAGACUGGGGUCAUCCUGGGACUGGGGUCAUCCUGGUAAGUGGGAGGGGGGGGGGGGAGUUUUGAGCCAUGAAGGGGGAUCCAUGGAGGGUCCCCCUUCCUGAGUUUUGAAAA